AUGCGCCUCGCCAACCCCGAUGCAGAGGGAAUGAACUCAAAAAACCGGAUUGAAAAUGAAGUGGCUCUCGCCUCUACCGCUCUUAGUGCCUUCGAGCCACAUGUGGUCCCUUCCGUAUAUGGUUGGGGUAGUGCAGCUGGCGAGUCUUCACAAGGCUGGAUCCUCCAAGAGCUGAUGCCAGGCACACCCGUGGAUGAGGCAUUCGGCACCAUGAGUUUUCCGCAAAAGAAACAAAUCUUUGCACAGAUGGCUAAGUUGCUGAACACUUUGCAAGCCUAUCAGCUGCCUGAGAGUAUUACGGGUUUUGGGGCUUCAUUCAAGGGUCGACUCGAAGUGGCACUCAAGAAUGCAGACGGCAAUCCCUAUAUCCAAGGAUGGCGUACCAACGGCGUAAUGGGGCGUCUCGAUGCCUUUGUUGAGCGCGGCAUUCCAGCCCAGUUUGAGUCCCUGACCUCGAAGCAAGACAAAGUUAUCGUACAUGCUGAUUUUACCACCAACAAUCUACUAUUUGAUGCUAAGUCAGGGCGUAUAACUGCCUUGAUUGACUACGACUUCGCAUGCGUUUCGCAUCCUUCUUACGAAUUCCUUCGCUCCUUCGACGGCGCUGGUGGUCAGUUUCGGGGUUGGUCUGGCGACGAAGCUAGCGACCAGACGGCACUCAGGGAUGCAAAGCUCCAUGGGUUUCCGUCACCCCUCUCGCAAGCUACUCAAGAUGGAGUCGAGUGGGAUGUUGCAAAAGCCUGGGAAGAUGAGCUAGAGAAGCUAGACACAAAGCGGCCAAAAACAAUCGAGGGGAUUGACAAGGUGGCAGACGUUGACGCUAUCCUUCGAACAAUUUUGCCUUGGCGUAUCACCAAUUCGGACAUCGUACGGCUACAGCAAGAAGAAGUUAUCAUGCAGUGCAGGAACGAUAAUGAAGCACAGUUGAUCAGGAUUUUGAAUCGCUUAGGAUUCUAGAUAGACUUGACAACCCCACUUUCGUUAAAAGAAUUCAAGGUCUAAUAAAUAUACUUGGUUAACAC